AUGAAGAUGACCGUCAAUCGAAUAAGGGUCGUGGUACUCGGGAGUGCUAGGAGCGGGAAAUCUGCUGUGGUUGUGCGCUACUUAACCAAGAGAUACAUUGGGGAAUACAGUUCUACUGGUGAUUUUCUGUACCAACAUCGGGCUACGUUUGACGGUGUUUCAUCAGAAGUUGAAGUUUUGGACACUUGCGGAUGUGCGAAAAGAGGAUGUUUGGCAGAGCAUCUGCGAUGGGGUGAUGCAUUUGCAGUGGUGUAUUCAGUGUGCGACCGCCGUUCGUUUCUCGCUGCAUCCGAACUACUUGCACUACUAGAGAGAACUAGAUUACCUGGUUGUACAGCAGUCACCCUCCUUGGAAAUAAACGGGAUUUGGAACAUGCUCGAGUAGUUAAAACUGAAGAGGGCCAAGAAUUAUCUCUUCGUUAUGGCUGUCAGUUCUACGAAGUUUCUGCCGCGGAGUCUUCAGCUGGAGCAGCACUUGCUUUCCAAGCUUUGCUGAGGGAAGCCCGUUCAAUCGCUAUGCUGCUACCAACCCCAAGAAGAAAGCUCGCUGCCUAUUCUGUUUCAAAGGUAAUUGGCACAAUUUUGGGUCUAAGCAACAAGAGUGUGAGGAAGAAACGACCCUCUCUCAGCAUAUGA